GACGGCGCACUACCCUUCAAGGGUUCUCGUUUCUCCGUGUAACCCUGGAAUGCAAUUACACACACACACACACAUACACCAACGUGCGCGCACUUUGCCCCACUCGAGUCUCCGAGGGCUCGUGCAAGGGUUUGUGGUGAGAACGCAUUUAUCACACUUUAGCUCUCCGUUGUAGAGAACCGACGACGCGCGUCACCGCAGUUGCGCGUUCGAGCGUGAUAAACGACGUUGUCGAUCCUAGUGUGUACACGCGGUGCGCAAAAAAGGCCUUUGCGUGAAACGGUGCGCGAGCGCGCUCGAGGGUUUGGCGCGAAAACAAACGAGAUAAACAGAGGAAGCGACCGAGCGAGUGAAUGUGUGACAGAUACCGAGCGUGUGGCGGUGCAUUGUUUUGACGGAAAACAGCUGAUCUUUCGCACAGUGCCGGCUUUAUCAGCCCAGUCGCCAGCAGCCGAUUGAGAAGAUUGUUUCGUGUCCCGUGCCUUCCCCUGCAAGUGAAGUGAUUUCUGUUGCCCAUCGACUGAAACGUGCCCAGUGGGAUUCAGCCUCAUCACUCCGCGUAAACAAAGACACUCAAUGCUGCCCGGCUUGAGUAGGGGGUGUCUUUACCGUCAUCAACAUCAUCAUCAUCAGCGCUUAGCCACCGGUGUGAGUGCACUUUUUGGAAGUUUGGUCGCCAUCUCGGCCACGGACAGUAGCCGCGGUGUGAGCAGUCUUGCCGGUGCCGGUGAACCGCUCGAGCCGGUCGUCGUUGGGCGGCGUAACAGUUUACCGCCGGCCUCCCCCAUCUUCAAGCCAAUUGUGCCGUCCAAGUUGAACGGACUGGGCGCCCGCCACGGACUGCACCAUCAAGCACCGACCAACGGCAACGGCAUGACGAACGAUCGGCCGGUUGAGCUGUCGAAGCGUACGACCGAAGCCAAGGAGUCGCUCAAGAAGGCACAGAUCGUGUGCUUCGACGUCGAUUCGACCAUUAUCACCGAGGAGGGCAUCGAUGAGCUGGCCCAGUUCUGCGGCAAGGGUAGCGAGGUGGCUGCACUCACGAAGGAAGCGAUGGGAGGUAGCAUGACCUUCCAGGAGGCGCUGAAGCGUCGCCUGGACAUUAUCAAACCGUCGCAGCGGCAGAUCCGCGAGUUUCUCAAGACGCACCCGUCGAUCAUUUCGGCGGGCGUGAAGGAACUGAUCGAGCAGCUGCGCAAGAACAAUGCGGAAAUUUUCCUCAUCAGCGGCGGGUUCGACUGUCUGAUCGAGCCGGUGGCCGACGCGCUGGAGAUUCCGCUGUGCAAUCUGUACGCGAACCGGCUGUUCUUCAACUACAAUGGCAGCUACGCCGGGUUCGACACGACGCAGCCGACGUCCCGAUCGGGCGGCAAGGGCGAAGCGAUCAAGCAGAUCCGCAGCGUGAUGGCCGGUGGUGUCGGCACGGGAGCGGACAAGGUGGUCGCAAUGAUCGGGGACGGCAUGACGGACCUGGAGGCGUGUCCCCCGGCGAACAUGUUCAUUGGUUAUGGUGGAAAUGCCGUUCGGGAAGAGGUCCAAAAACGAGCGACCUACUACGUGACCAACUUUGCCGACCUACUCUGGUGAUUGCGUUUCGAGUGGAAGAGCACCGCACCACCAUACCCACCCUACUUCCUUUGCUGAUGAAACCCCAUCGCAAUUUCAUUAUUAUUUCACUAGCUGUUAAUCACAUUGUUUUCCUCUUUUUUUUUGCUACACCCACUCUUACUGUAAAUAGUUAAUUAUUACACUUACAAAUUAUUAUAAAUUAUGUGCACCUUUUUAAGUUGAAUUAUUAUAGCGCGCUUUAAUUAUAGGUAGUAUUUUCUUGUUCGAAUAUAUGCAACAAAUAUACAAUGAAUUCAUGUAAAAGCAAAGUUA